UAAAAAAAAUGCCUUUCUCCUAAAGCGACAGAGCGGGCGAUUCUCUCGGCUUGAGCAAGCCCCGAUGAUGCGGCCAUGGUUCCCUCUGGGCUCCCUACCGCCUUUCCUGCUCCUCUCCUUGCUCUCCUUCCCUCUCGGGCACUUCUGCCCCGCCGUCUGUAGCUGCCUGGACUACCACACCAUCGACUGCCGCGGCCAAGGGUUGCCUAGCAUCCCCAGCCCUUUCCCCUUGGACGCCCGCAAGCUGCUCCUGGCCGACAACUACAUCCAAGCCAUCCCGGCGGACUUCUUCAUCUUCUACAGUGACCUGGUCUACCUGGACUUCAGCCACAACUCCCUCCUGAGCCUGGAGGACGGCACCUUCAGCAGCUCGGCCAAGCUGGUCUUCCUCGACCUCAGCUACAACAACCUGACCGAGUUGGCCGCCGGCAUCUUCAAGUCAGCCGCCAAGCUGAUCAAGCUCAGCCUGGGCAACAACCAUCUGGCCGAGGUGGACGAGGCGGCCUUCGAGAGCCUGGAGCAGCUGCAGGUGCUGGAGCUGAACAACAACAGCCUGCAGACCCUGGCGGUGGAAGCCCUGGAUGCCCUGCCCAACCUGCGCAGCCUCCGCUUGGAGGGCAACCCCUGGCUGUGCGACUGCGACUUCGCCAGCCUCUUCAGCUGGCUCCAGGAGAACCAGUCCAAGCUGCAGAAAGGUCUCAAUGAAAUCCAGUGUUCCGUCCCUAUGGAGGACAGAAAAAUAUUUCUCAGUGAAUUGUCAGAGAGCAGCUUUAGGGAUUGCAAAUUUAACUUGUCACUCACGGACCUCAUCAUCAUUAUCUUCUCCGGCGUUGCUGUCUCCAUUGCCGCUAUCGUCUCGAGCUUCAUUUUGGCCCUGAUCGUCAACUGUUUCCAAAGAUGUGCCCCAAGUAAAGAUGACGACGACGAUGAAGACAGCGAAGACUGAACUACCUCUCGUUGAUUAGUUUUGCUGGGAGAGUCCCUGAGGUUCCAAAGAUCGCAAUGGCCAUUAAGGAAGCCACUGCAGCUCGGCUGCAUCUUCCACAGGAUCAAAGGGGAUUUAUCCACUGAAAUCCAUGAGAUAUGGAACGAGGUUUAUGCAGACGCUGAACGCUUCAUGAUUUAAUCUCCUGAUCUAGUCUGCUGGCUAAGAUGAAAUAUAAGCUUGAUGAAGGGAAGUUGAUAGCUAGAAGACCAGAGAUGGCCGACAGGGAAGCAGUUUGUGUUUUACAGACCACCUGCAAAGCUGCUGCGUAUAGAACAGUUACGUUUGUGAGCUGGAAAGCAACCUGCUUAUGCACCCCAGCAACAUGGUCAUCCAAACCUUUUAGUCUUCGUGAUAUUUAAUUUAUCUCUCGCUGCUUUAGAUUUCCUGUAGAUGCCUGUAACUAUGUUCUGUCCCAUUGUCCUCCUGACCCUCUAACCUUAUUCCAAAAAUGAACAAAAAUUAAUGGGCAAGGGAAGGGUUCUGCAUCACCUAUCAACUACUGCUUUCCAAUUUCCCCCCCGCAAAUCUUUCACACUCACCCUAUUGGAUGGUGUCAGGAACCUGCCUAUCAUGUAGCUCCUCCCUAAUGCUGCGGACAGAAAAUAUUUUGCAGAGGCAAAGGUAGUAUUAUCAGACGCAGUGGACAUUGAUUCCACAAUUGUUUCUGUCCUCAGGUUUUAGUAAUAUCACAAAAAGCUUCAUUACCAGUUUGAUGUGAAAUGAUAGGAAUAUGAGCUAGGCUGUUUCCACACAUCUUACCAGC